UCGGAAGACAGUGUACUGAUAUUGAUAGAGAUAAGUAGAGGUGGGUAUAGCAGCGAUAGUGAAUAUAUAGAGACGCGAGAAAAGCAAUCGCUUGAUAUAUGAUAUGUGUGUGUGUGUGUGUGUGUGUGUGUGUGUGUGUCUUCCCUGGUACUUUGUUGCAGGUUGUAGAGCAGAGCAGAGCAGAGCACCGCAGGUCAGGUCAUCCUUAUAUAUGAUCAGAUUGAUUUCGCACUCCUGCUUAACUGAUCUAGCAAUUCCAUUCUCCGAUGGCUGGUCCGCCUGUCCGCCCUAUGACGGCCACCACUUACCACCCACCACCGAUCUCGUAGUACUAUGCUAUCCAACACCUCCUCAUCCCCUGAACGCGCUCAAUGGAGGGAUGAUCAUGAGGCGUCAAAGUACCUAGGUAAACAUCAAGAUCAGAUCAAUCAGAUGCUAAAUAUAAACUUAC